AGAGCCUUACAAUGACGGGUCUUUUGUGUGUCAAGGUCAGUGUAUCUUCAGCCAACGGCCAGAGACUCCAAGGUGUGGCACGGCGUGGUACUCAUAUAAGGAGCGGUGAGCGUGGCUGACACACACUGCCCCCGCCACCACACCGCAGCAAUGAGGAUUCUGGUCGUUUGUCUGUUGGCUGUCACCGUUGCAGCAGAGCAGAAGCGAGAGGCGGGUUACCCUUACCGGCUGGCCCACGGCGGAGCCUCUCAACGCUACCACCACCAGAGUCCCUCAUCAGCCUUCUACUACACCCCACGCACGAAUUACCACGGCAGCACGGGGUAUAGGAACUUGGGGCCGACCUACACGCAUAGCCACAGCCACACCCAUGCUCACAGUCACGCCCACGGCCUCACCCCGUACCACCACCUCCAGAAGCGUGAGUCUGACCCUGGCUACACUGGUUACGGCACUCCUUACCAUUCUGGCGGGCUCUAUGCAGUUCCUCAGGGUUAUAAGACUUCGGGGUACCGCAGUCCCGUGCCUUACUAUCCGUACACCCACGGAGGCAUCAGGUACGCCUAUGAGACCGCCGUACAUCACCCUGGGCACGGCUAUUCAUACCAGGCUCAGCAAGCGUACGUAGCCGACCCCAACCACCACCACGCCCACCAUCACUAAGGCUUGACUACCACCGUCACCCAAACUACAGAGGCUUAAGUACCGUGGCUUAUGGAGGUCAGUGCUUUGGGGGCUUCAAGAAUCAGGGAACACAAUCGGGUACUAUCUAUAUCUAUCUAUGUAUCUAAUGCCGAAGUACCACCAUCCCGCCUCCUCCUCCGCCCACGAACACGUAUUUGACAAGGAUUUCGUAGGUUUGGUGGGUAUUUCCAGGGGUAGUUUUAUGUCCUAGUGGUAGUUUGGCCCUUCUUCCACAUCAUGAGCGUGAAACAAGCACCACUCACGAGAACCUUACUCUUCUCCUUCUCGGCUUUUGGAUAUAGUUGAUGUGAGAAGCGAAAGUUCCAGAGAAUAUGAACCAAAGAAUCAGGAAAAGCAAACGGGUACUGUCUGUCUAUAUCUAUAAGGGAGCGUAGGACAUAGCUGCAUCGGACACUGUAGGAAAUAGAUUAAUAGGCAAAUAAACUGUAAUACUGAGAACCA